ACAAACAUGGCUGCGUUGUUGAAUGUCAACUACUAGUGAAAAUGUGUAAAAAGUAAAUAAAAAUGUUUUCAUCAAUAACCUAUGUGUUAAUAUGGAUUUUUCCUACUUUAUUUCACUCUGGGACAUGUUUCGGUGAACCAAUCCAGCCAUACCUCUCGAUGUACACUCCCGGGGAGGUAGAGUACACGGAUGUCCUGGUACGGAGGGUUGGGGACAACCUAACGCUGGUCUGCGAGCUCAAGGGUGACUCUCUGCCCACACCGAGGAAGUACGCUUGGAGCUACGUGCCCGCUGAUAACUCGACUGACGAUAACAGCAGGCCGUACUACUCGGAGCCGCGAGGCCCCACCCUGGCCAGCCGCCUUACCCGCCUGGGGCUGACACUGGCUGACAGCGGACAUUACUUCUGCAACACACCACCGUACAGCAUCGUCAAGUUUAUUCUCGUGCAGACUAGAGGUCCGAAGCAGUGCGCACGCGGCGCGUUCUGGUGCGGCAAACACUGCGUGCUGCCUAACUACGUGUGCGACGGGUUCAAGGACUGCGUCCGCGGCGAGGACGAGGCGCCCGAGUUGUGCAUGCACCAGCCUUGCUCGCGUCCGGACAAGCUGAACUGCUCGAGCGGGCGCUGCAUCCCGGCGGGCGCGUGUUGCCGCACCGCCAGCCUGUGCCAGCAGCCCGCCUGCUGCGAGGAGCACCCCAAGUACUCGCGGGGAGAAGGCUACAUAGACGUGGAGUACCCGCCGCUGUUCGAGGACCGCCACGCCCCCGACGAGUACGGCUUCAUACAGUCCACCAUCUACACUGUUACUGCAUGCGCGCUAAUCUUCAUGAUAGCAGUGGUGCUGCUAGUGUCCGCCAUCUGCAAGAUGCACAUGAAGCGAGCCGCCCUGCGCAGCUACACGCACGCUGAGCGAGCCACCAGGCAACACUAUGAGCACCAAUAUGAACAGGCGCACCGCUUCCCGCCGUGCUACGAGGCGUCCCGCCUGCUGGAGCAGCAGCGCGCGGGGCUCGCGCCCGCCAGCCCCGCGCGGGCGCCGCUGCAGUGCGACACGUCGUGCGACGCGGGCGGGGCGGAGGCCGCGGGGGGCGGGGAGCAAGGGUUCGGGCUGGCGAGGCUCUCCGCUAUAUUCUCGUCGAGAUACCGGCAGGUGCCGACCCAGUGCCUGGACGUGGAGAUGACGGACGUGCGGUCCGCGUCGUGCAACACGUCCCCCACCAGGGGCCGCCCGCGGCCCCGGCUGGACCACUACCGCAGCCCCACGUACUGCGACCUCAACACCGAUCUCUUCUUCAAUCCUGAGGUAUCCAACUGCGGCCGCGAACUGAACUACAUGGCUACUCCGAUGGAGUUCUUCAGACGCCGCACUCUUCGCAACAUCGACCUGCGCCCCAGGUCGCUGACGCUCCAGCUGGGCAGGUUCCAGCUGAGCAUACCCAGGUUAGGCCGGAGACAGAGCUUAGAACGGCGGCCAGACACGCCCAACGUAGCCGAACUAAAUAUAGACGACUUAGAUUUCGUCCGGUUAGAUGGUAACGAGACGUACACACUAAACGGUCGGACUAUACGGCUUUUGGGCGCGAACUUCGAGAACUAUCCAGGGUUGAACGACGCCACGGCCAGGCCGCCUCCAUACACGGACGCGAUGAGGUACAAACUGUACGGACCACCGCCGGAAUACCUCAGCAGGGACACCUUGAACAACGAAAGAGAGGAGAACACAAAUAACACAGAGGUGCAAGCGAGACGGAACGUCGAAAUGCCGCCAUGUUACGACGAGCUGGCAACCCCAGGCGAUAGCAACGCUGAAGCGGCGAAUAUAGUUACCGAUAACGUUAUACAAAGCCCCGAUACCAGUAACGGUAACGUAGUUGUUGCCGCUGUUGAAAAUAACGUUAUAAAUAACACUUCUCAUAACGUUACAAAUAGCAACUCUCAUAACGUUAUAAAUAACGCUCCAAAUAACGUUACAAAUAACACUUCUCAUAACGUUAUAAAUAACACUUCUCAUAACGUUAUAAAUAACGCUUUUCAUAACUACACAAAUGACGUUACAAAUAACACGUCUCAUAACAUUAUAAAUAACGCUCCAAAUAACGUUACGAAUAACGCUUCACAUAACGUUACAAGUAACGUUGAGAAUCUAAGCUCAGUUAUAGAUAAUCUCCCAGCUAUCGAUAGCGAUAUCAACGCAAAUGAAACUGAUACUCGUUAUAACGUUAUAACAUGCAACGUGGAUAACGCAGUUAUAACGAAUAACAACGAAUGUUAGUUGCUAUAUAUUGGGCGUUAUUUGGUUUGAAAUGAUGAUAAUUUUGAGUUUGAUUUGGUAAAAAAAUUGUCGAGAGGUAGGUAAACCAACCCAAUACAGGUUAGGUUAGGUCACAUACCUCCGAAAAGCGGUUUUCGGGAAUCUGGGU